GGCUGGCGUUGGAGUGCUACGUGUGUCAGAAUCAGAUGGACAACAAGGACAAAUGCAUCAAGACCUCCGUUCAGUGCAGAGAGGAACAAGACACUUGCCUCACCUUCAUUGAGUGGAGAGCGCCAGACUUCUGGACGCCACGUAGUGAAAAGAUUCACUACAUCCACAAGAACUGCAGCAGUUCCUCGUUCUGUGGCGCAGCACAGACUGAUCUAGGUCUGCGAUGCAUGCGGGACUGGUAUCGCGACUGGCAGUGUGUGGAGUGUUGUCAGGGUGAUCGCUGCAACUUUUAUGUCACGCUUGGAAGCAGUGUGCCAGUUCCCAGCAUCUUUGUUCUUGCGACGUCCAUUUGUGCCAUUUUGAUCCAACAUUUUAGAUAAAAUCUGCUGCAAGUGCCUCUUUUUGGUUUUGGGAGGGAGAAAAUUAAAAUGGGCUGCUUUGAAUUAGAAUUUAAAAGCAAAUUUGAAUUUGGCAGUUGACUGGGAAAGUUUAGUCUGUUUUUCUAAUGUUUUUUAUGUUAAGGUAAUUUAAGAAAGGAAUGUCUUUUAUUAAUAAAAAAAUUUUUUUGGUUAGGUCAUUGGAUUCGCAGCCAGUUAGGUUUGCAUGGUAUCAUCUUUUUGCUUUGCAAUUUUUCAAAAUGAAAUUGGUGACUGUUUAAAAGGGCAGACAAACAUUUUUUUUCUUUUCUGUUCCUUUGAAUAAGACAGAAAUUAGAGUUUUUUGUGGGGUUUUUUUUUAAAGAAUGUUUUAAAGAUGAUGACUGUUGACAGGAAAUUUACUACUGUUAAGAUAAUAUACUAAUGCUGAAGCCAUUGUAAAUAACAUUUCGGAAGUUUGUGUGGUGCAAGACAAAUGCUGCAGAGGGAAAGUCCCUUGUGUGUGACUCAGAUUUUGUGAUGGUUGAGUAUGGGGGUAUGCAUGGCACAAAUGAAAAACUGUAGUCUUUUUUGGGGGAUGAAUGUUCAGGAUUAUCUGUGUACAUAGCUGCUUGACAUAUGACAGUAUUUUUUUGUGGAAGAUAGUGUGUCAAUGUCAAAGUGCAUUCCUUUCCUUGUUAGAAGAAAAAUUGGACAAAGUUUGCUCAUGAAUGACAUUCCAAUCAUACCGUUGCUGUUUUAUUCUAGAUCAGUUUGUUCCAUGUUUCAGGCAGUAUGUAAUGGUUGUGUCCCACUCGUUGAGUGUGGAAAGGGCAACUUCGUUUUUUAUGAUAUCGUCGCACAAUACCAGUGUCUGUUGUGUAAUGGUCAGACUCUUUGCCUUGAGUGUAGACGAAGUUUGAUUCCUAUGUGGGGAAGAUUUCUUUCUUAAUGUCUUCCAAGGGAGAUUUUAUAAAAUAUAUCUUUUUUCUUUUGUCUUAUUCUGUUUUUUACUUCAACUGGGAUGUAUCCUACAUGGAAUGGGUUGGUCCUAACUGGUAGGGUUAAAGCUUCCUGUCUCCUGAAUUGUGUGGAGAGGGGCAUAAAACAUUAAAAGAAUAUUGCAACUGAGUGUGAACUGAAUGUAAUUAUAAUAGAAGCAUAGUUUUAGUUUGUUGUAAACUUUUUAGAUGCUUUAAUUUUCUUCAAUGAAAAGGUUUGGGACUCAACCAUAACUUAUUGUUGUUUUUAUUCGCUGCCUUAGGUGUAUGCGAGACUGAUGAAUGAAUGCUGCCUAUGUACUUUGAUGGAUGAAAAUGUUAGAAUUACUUUUGUCACUUACUACUAUGUACAUAGCUCUUUCUUUAUCAUAACAUUCCUCUGUCCAUCUCAAUAAAAAUACUAUUUUAUACUGUACGAAAA